CCCUCCUCCUCCUCCGCCUCCUCUUCGUCCUCUCCUUCCUUUGCCUUUCCGUCUCUUCUUCACCUCCACUGAUCCUGGAACCUUCCAGAUGGAGACGUCAGUGAAGGCAGCUGAAGUCUUAGUUCCCCCCCAACCGGACAAGGCGUCCUCUCUGGAGCCUGAGCACUCUGAGGGCGGAGCAGCAGCUCAUACAUCCUCCUCUUCCUCAGACACCUUCAGCGCCAUGGAGGAGUUCUGCCGCCGGCUGCAGGACAUCGUCAGCACGCAUGGCUCUGCAGCCGCCCUCCUGGACAAACAGAUGCAACAGAGUGUUGUGGAGGCGGAAAUGGAGAAGCUGAAGGAGGAGGUGAAAGCUGACCUCAUAGUUGCCACAGACACAGACAUCUCACUCAUCAAGCAGAGUCUGAACAACCUGUCAUCUGCUGAGGAGAAACUGGAGGACCUGGUGGGGAAGUAUGCCGACCUGGCAGCGCUGCGUCGCAGCGAUGAGCAGAAGCUGAACGUUUUGCAGCAGAAGCUGUCGCUCCUGCAGGAGGAACGGAAGCAGCUGCAGGCUGAAAAUCACAGCAGCCUCGCAGCUCGCAGCAAGCUGGAGACUCUGUGCAGAGAGCUGCAGGUGUACCACAACACCAUCAGGGAGGAGACGCUGCAGCGCUGCAGGGAGGAUGAGGAGAAGAGGAAGGAGAUGAGCUCCCACUUCCAGGAGAUGCUGACGGAGAUCCAGGCUCAGAUCGAGCAGCACAGCGCCCGGAAUGACAAGCUGCGCCUGGAAAACUGCAACCUGACCGACAAACUGGAGAACCUCAUGACCCAGUGUGAGCGCAGGGAGGAGAGCUUAGAGAAGAUCGACAAGCAUCACGACCUGCAGCUGAAGCUGACCGAGGCCCGACUGCAGCAGGCCAACGCGCUGCUGGCCGAGGCCGAGGAGAAGCACAGCAGGGAGAAGGAGUAUUUACUGGUUGAGGCUGCUCAGUGGAAACUGCAGGCUAAGACACUCAGAGAGCAGGGGACUGUCAUGCAGGCACAGCUGACCCUCUACGCUCAGAAGUUUGAUGACUUUCAGGAAACUUUGGCCAAAAGCAACGAAAUCUAUGUCCGCUUCAGAGAGGAGAUGAACAACAUGUCUGAUAAGAUGAAGAAGGUGGAGAAAGAGUCCAACGUGUGGAAAACUAGGUUUGAGAACUGCAACAAGGCUCUGACGGACAUGAUUGAGGAGAGAGGUGAGAAAGGAAAAGAGUACGAACUCUUUGUCCUGAAGAUUCAGAAGUUGGAGAAGCUUUGCCGUGCUCUUCAAGAUGAGAGGAAAGUCCUCUAUGAGAAGAUCAAGGACGUUCGACAGUCCAACUCCAGCCUCCCAUCCAAGCUCUCCAACUUUGUUGACGCCCCUGAAGGUGUUGAUGAAUCUGAACUGGUGGUUUCUGAGGAUGUCCAGGAGGAUGACCCGGUUCUGACGGAGAACAUGGCCCGUCUGAAGGAGGAGCAGACUAAGCUGCAGGAGUUCGCCGCCUCCCUGUUGGCAACGCCAGACUUUAAUGAUGAUCCAGAGGAAAAGGAGGAGCUGGACCUUGAAGAGGAUAUUGUCGCUUCUGCAUUUGUCCAGUUUAAAACUAAACCUCAGGACAAACAGAACCUGGUUUCAGAACCGGAGCUGGUAGAAGAUGUAAAACCAGCAGAAUCUGAUCUCCCACAAUUAGUUCAAUCUGAGGAAGUCCAAAAGACUCCAAUUCCUGAGGAGACGAGUUCUGAAACAAUACAGACUGGCCCUCAUCUGGAAGUUGAGGAGGUUCAGAAACAAGUCAAGGCUGGAGACGUGGAACCCUUCAAGCAGCCAGAACCACGGCCUGAGAUGACCCAGGCCGAUCCAGAACCACGGCCUGAGAUCAUCCAGGCCGAUCCAGAACCACGGCCUGAGAUCAUCCAGGCAGAUCCAGAACCACGGCCUGAGAUGACCCAGGCAGAUCCAGAACCACAGCCUGAGAUGACCCAGGCAGAUCCAGACCCACGGCCUGAGAUGGCCCAGGCAGAUCCAGAACCACGGCCUCAGAUCACCCAGGCAGAUCCCGAACCAGAAACAAAGACCAUGAUCCUGCAGGAGGAUGGCGAGCAACCAGAAAAAGAUGAAAAGAUCCAAAGGCAGCAAGUGACUGAACCAAAACCGGUACCAAAAGAGUCAAAUCCUCCAUCUGAAGACACGUCCAGAUCUGCUGCUUCUUCCAAGAAACCGGCGCCGAAGAAGAAGAAGAAGAGGAACAGCAAGAGCACGAGCUAAACACGAAGUUCGGACCGAGGGUGGGAGUGUUUGUGUGUGACUAGAUUUUAUAAAAACGUAAAAGUCUGUUUGUCCAAGCUGCUGCAGCCGAGACGUCAAUCCAGAGUCACCGAGGUGGGAAGGAGAACCGAACCGAAGACGGAGUUCAUUCAACAGCCCUUUUCACGUACAGCAGCCGAACAGAACCGCUGGCUGGCGUCCACACCAGUUGAGACAAAACUGUAGAAAGUCUUCAAUAAAGCAGUUUUUCACUUAAA